GGAGAUGGCUGCAGAGCUGGAGGAGAUGUAUGGGCAUGUGGAUGCUGUGGAGCUCUACCCAGGCCUGCUGGUGGAGAAGCCAAGAACCAAUGCCAUCUUUGGGGAGACCAUGGUGGAGAUGGGCGCCCCCUAUUCCCUGAAAGGCCUGAUGGGAAACCCCAUUUGUUCGCCAGAGUACUGGAAGCGCAGCACCUUCGGUGGGAGCAUUGGCUUUAACAUCAUCAACACAGCGUACCUACAGAGGCUGGUGUGCAGCAACAUCAAGGGCCCCUGCCCUUUGGCAUCCUUUCAUGUGCCCGACGUAAAAGACAAUGGAUCCAAUGUCAAUAAUUCCAGUGUGGCACAUUCGGGAAGUAACGAUCGCAACCCCACAGUACUUCUAAGAGAAAGGACCACUGAGCUCUGAUAAGACAAUUCAGCAUUUAAAUGUAUAAGCAUUUAAUGUAUUUAUUUAUGUUAUUUUUUUUUUAAUGUAUUGUAUUCUGGAAGCAUUAUUGAGAAAUGUUGUUGAGAAUUUUUUUUGUAAUGUCUCAUUGUUUUGACAUGACUUUUGUAAGUUUAAAGAAAACCAAUUCUUACGUUUGGGUUAUAUUUAUUCUAAGAGCUAAUUUAAUGUAUUCUGUUAUUUUAUUGACCUCAGAAAUAGCACUAGCAAUAUUGUUUAUGUUUGUCAUUUUACUUUGUGUAACAACUGAUACUUGAAUUCAACACGUUUAGUUGACAACAUGACUCUAACAUUCCGUCUUAACUGCAUGUUACAAUGUUACAUUCCACCUAACUUAGAGCUGGUUCUCCACUUAUUGUGCAAGGGAAAAGCUGAUUAGGUAUGUAAAGUCCAUUGUACUUUGAUACUCUAACCCUUAAAGUAUUUUCUUUGUGUAUUUUUAAUCUUGAGCUGACUCCUUAUUGUUCUAAUAAAACACUGUCUAUAAUGAAA